GUCCCCUCCCUGCCGCUGGAGUGUCAGCUCCGAGCCCUCGCCACCGCUCGAGCGCCCGGGACAGCGAUCUGAAAAGCUCGCGCGCGAUCCGGCGCGGUCGAAGCCUUGUGAUUCCGGAGUCAGCUCGAGUGCCGCCCGCGGCAGAGCCAGCAGCAGCAGCAGCAGCAUGGUGAACCUGACACAAGAAGACAAGCAGAACAUCAGGACGAUCUGGGCAGUGGUGUUCCAGGAGCCAGAAGAAAACGGCAAAGCUGUCGUGAUCAGGCUGUUCCAAGACCACCCUGAAACCAAAAAAUAUUUCAACAACUUCCAAGACAUCAACACCAAGGAGGAGAUGGAGCAAAAUGUGCGCAUCAGGCUUCAUGGAAAGCGAGUGAUGGGGGCCCUCAAUCAGGUCAUUGAAAGCCUGGACAACUGGGAGGCUGUGCCAGGGAUCCUCACCCCACUGGCAACAAGGCACAAAAAUGUUCACCAAGUAGGGGUCCACAAUUUUAAGCUUCUCUUUGAAGUCAUCCUGAACGUCUUCCAGGAGGCCUUGGGUCCAGCCUUCACCCCUCAGGUUUGCGAGUCCUGGCGCAAAGUCUUUGAAUUGAUCUUCAGUUUCCUGGAAGCCUUUUACAAGAAGAACGUGGAUCCAUGAAGCGGUGGGGCGGGGGAGCUAGUCGAAAGGCGUCAGAGAAUGACAGGAUUCCAUGGGCCGUGUCCCACUUGCUUCACUGGGGUUUUCUUGGAUCCUGGCUUUUCCCAACACCUCUGCUGACCUUGGAGAAACAGAGUGGAAUUUACAGAGUUAGUACAAGUAGUCCUUCCAGAGGAGGAGCGCACUUCAGAACCCCAUAGUCCCCUCCUCAUGUUGUUGUCAGUGGUCUGUGUGUUCUAGCAAUGGUACGUCAAGCGCCGUCACCUAAAGAUGCCCAGCUCUUGGCUGAGAGUAGCGCGGCCGAGUGUUUAGUGACCCAGUGUCGUUGACGCUGUAGUAGAAUGAAAAUUAAAAGGCAGUCAUAGUGUGUUAGAAAACCAGAGGUACUUUGAUGUCGUCAGCGUCCUAAUUGUUUUGGGUGCCAACUUUAAAUAUUUCCAGAAUAAGAAACAAAAUGGCAUUAAUAUACUGUAUAUACUUCUGUAGGCACGGGCGUAUGUCACAUAGAUCUACUAGUCGUCACCAGUGUAAACCUGAAUUUUGGAUAUAACGAGCACUUACUUUUUUGCAUUUUCAAGAAAAUAAACAAAAAAAUAAUAAACUUUGUAUUUCCUCCGCUCA